UACGGUGAAGAGAGCUUGGAAAGUUUCUGUUUGACUGUGUGCUUUUGGAGAAUUGCUAACUGUGUUAUUUGGACGCCUUGCUUUUCAAAAAAAGACAAACAGAGACAGAGACUGUUUUUUUUAAAACAGUCAGAAACAACACUGCUGCGGCACAGUUCCUGGACUUCGGAUGGGUCAUGGUGGAGCAUCGUUAUCUGUUUGAUUAUUUGUACCAGGAAAAGCUGCUGACCAACGAUCAGGUGUUAUGUUUUGGAUCAUAUUUUGACCGAGCAGCUGAACAGUGCUCAGAGGAAGACAUGUCUGCCUUCAACAGACCCAGAACACUGCACCAGCAGUUUGAGAGCUACAAACAGGAGGUGCGUCGCAUCGGGGCCGAGACGCGCCGCCAGCAGACUCAGCAGAAGGACGACGCGCCCACCUGCGGCAUCUGCCGCAAGACCAAGUUUGCCGACGGCUGCGGACACCUCUGCUCCUACUGCCAGACCAAAUUCUGCGCUCGCUGUGGAGGUCGGGUCUCUUUGCGCUCCAACAAUGAGGACAAAGUGUGUCUCAUAGUGAAGGACAGGGUAAUGUGGGUAUGCAACCUAUGCCGUAAGCAACAGGAGAUUCUCACCAAAUCAGGAGAAUGGUUUUCGGGGUCAGGGGUGCGGCCUGGGAGCCUGGGCACCUCCUUGAACGACCCGGCCACAAGAGGUGAGGCCCAACGGGACAAGAAGCUAUUCCGCUCCAGGUCCCAAGCGCCGCCCUCCGGCGGCAACACAGGGCCACCAGACGGGACGCAUCUGCCCGCUGGUGUCACUGCAGCCAAGGGCGCCGACACUAUGCCUGGCUCUCGCUCCCAAAGUGAACCACCUAAAGAAAAGAAAAGGCCGGUUUCUCUACAUGAACAAAAUGGUAAGGGCAGCAUGGGACGUGGCCGGAGACCUGCUGGCAAGUUGCAGUCUCAGUCAUCUCUGGAUGAGCGAGUGGGCCCUGGAGACAGAGGAGAGAGAAGGUUAGGAGACGGCCGGCGACUGGAGAAGAUCCAUUCUCAGGACUAUGAGGAUGGAAAUGAAAAUCUGGGUCGUCAAGAGACCCACCGCAGGCGUCCUGACGAGGAAGAGCAGAGGGAGCGGCAGCGUCGCGAGGAGGAGUUUCAGAAUCGUUAUCGCAGUGACCCCAACCUGGCGAGGUACCCGGUGAAACCCCAGAAAGAGGAGCAGGAGAUGCGCAUGCAUGCUAAGGUAUCGAAAGUACGACACGAACGACGACACAGUGAUCUUGCAAUCAAUGAGGUUGGACUGGGGCCUGGUGAAGGAGGGGGUGGUGGAGGCGGAGGAGGCCGCUCAGGGGAGGUACCAGAAAACCGUUUGGCAAGGAGGGGUGGAGGUGGAGAGGGAGACCGCAAGACCCACUUGGAGAACCACAGAGCCUACUCUGUGGAUAGGACCGUGGGGGUCGGAGGGGGUGCACCCCCUGCCGGAGGUGGAGUGAGAUCAGGGGUCCAACCUGGGGGACAGGCGCCUCCGGACUGGGGCCCGAACAAUGGUCGUCUGGAGCCCGGUACAACACGGACACCAAGGGACAAAGGUGGGGAUAACCUGCUGAGGAAGGACUCUCAGAGCUCAGACCAGUCGGAGUCUUUGCGGCCGCCCCCUCCACGUUCAAACAAGAGCAAGCGCGGAGUCAACAAGAAGCAGAUGUCCAUCAGUAGCUCAGAGGAGGAGGGCGGCUCCACGCCCGAGUACACCAGCUGUGAGGACGUGGACAUGGAAAGUGUCAGCGAAAAAGGUGACUGGGACUGUCAUCCUCUAGAUCCCGCAGUGUGGCAUCAUCCGGUUACGUGGCAGCCGUCCAAAGAAGGGGACCACCUGAUCGGACGCAUCACGCUAAGCAAGAGGUCGGCCAUGCCUCGUGAGGCUGGCUCCCUCCUGGGUCUAAAAGUUGUUGGAGGAAAGAUGACAGAGACGGGCAGACUUGGGGCCUUCAUCACUAAGGUCAAAAAAGGAAGUCUGGCAGAUGUUGUUGGACACCUACGCGCAGGCGAUGAGGUGUUGCAGUGGAAUGGGAAAUCGUUGCCGGGAGCAACCAAGAAAGAAGUGUACAACAUCAUUCUUGAAUCCAAGGCUGAGCCACAAGUUGAGAUUGUUGUUUCAAGACCUAUAGGCUCUAUCCACCGAAUUAUAUCAAAAAACUUCUUGAGAAAAGUGUAUAGAGUCUAUCAAGACAUCCCAAGAAUCCCAGAGUCGUCCCACCCUCCUCUAGAAUCUACAGGCUCCAGUUCCUUUGAAUCUCAGAAAAUGGAGCGUCCCUCUAUAUCAGUGAUGUCGCCUACCAGCCCUGGCACCCUUCGGGACCUUCCUCUGGUCCUGCCUGGACAGCUUUCUGUGAAGCUGUGGUACGACAAAGUAGGCCAUCAGUUGAUUGUCAACGUCCUUCAAGCCAUAGACCUGCCAACCCGACCGGACGGAAGACCUCGGAACCCCUAUGUCAAGAUGUACUUCCUGCCUGACAGGAGUGAUAAGAGUAAACGGCGGACUAAAACAGUGAAGAAGAGCGCUGAGCCCAAGUGGAACCAGACCUUCAUUUAUUCUCAUGUUCACCGACGGGACUUCAGAGAGCGCAUGCUGGAGAUCACAGUCUGGGACCAGCCCAGAGUCCAGGAGGAGGAGAGUGAAUUCCUGGGCGAGAUCCUGAUAGAGCUGGAGACGGCCUUACUAGAUGACACUCCGCACUGGUAUAAACUCCAGACACAUGACGUGUCCUCUAUACCUCUGCCCCAGCCGUCUCCGUAUCUCCCCCGCAGACACGUCCACGGAGACAGCCCCAGCAAGAAACUACAGAGGUCUCAUCGCAUCAUUGAUUCAGAGUUUGAUGAUGGUUUGUUAGUAGUGAAUAAAGGUGCAGAGCGUAACUCCAGGGAGAGGGAGCGGGGCAGCACGCUGGCUGUGCCGGAGCAGCAGCGGCCCGUCCAGCACCGCUCCCGCUCGGUGUCUCCUCACCGAGAAGACUCCUGCAGAGCUCGGUCUCGGCCUGCACACGUGCCCAUGCAAAGGAGUUUGGACGAGAUCCACCACAACCGCCACCCCCCCCACUCCCCUUCUCGCUACAGCGAGUCUCAUCUGGAGCACCAGCGCUCCGGCGACUCGGAUUACGAAUACUCUGAGGACAGUGAGGUCCUGGAGAUGCACAGGUCUAUCCGGGGCGGGAGUGCCGAGUGCCUGCAUACAAACAGGGGCGUAGGUAGAUACAGCAACACACUCCCCCCCAAAAUGCCCCUCUUAGUAAACGGUAUCCAUAAAGACAUUUACAGCUCCACCCUCCCUGCAUGCCUAAAGAACAAGCCGCCCCACAGGCAGGAAGGGGGCACCACGUUGCCCCGUAGCAUCCUUACACACCGUGUGCUCAGGUUCACUGAUGAGGUCACGGUUAGCGACCUGCAGCCGUCGUUGGACAGAGUGAGGAGUGCCAGCACCACCUGUCUGAGACCAGACACCAACUUUCACUGCACUAACAGAGACAGGUGCUCCAACUCUUUGCCCCGCAAGACUCCCCCAAGCCCCCGGAUCUUAGUAGAACAUGUGGCCCCUGAAGAAGAAGACAGGCAGUGCAGCAAUUCAUCAAGUCCAAACUGUCAGAGGGGCAGCAAAAAAAGCCUGGAGGGGGACAGUCGUAUCCAGCCCACCUCUAUCCUGAGGGGCAGUAGAGGGAGAGGGGGCCCCCUGAGGCCCUUUGGCCAGACUGUCCUGUCAGGGUCCUGUCCUAACUCACCGCGACUGGACAGAGCACAGCUUCAUGGCAGCCCCUCUCCUCCAUCGGGGACUCCAUCAGGUCGCAGGGGCAGGCAGCUGCCGCAGCUCCCUGCGAAAAGCAGCAGCAUCGAGCAAGCCCUUGCGGUGGAUGACCGAGCCCGAAGGCUCAUACAUCCCUACCGGCCUUCAGCCUCCCACGACCCAGAGACGGACGUCAAGAUCAAGCGGGAGAUGUACGCAGAGCGAAGGCGUAACAGCGACAACAUGUCGGCCAGAUCUUCAGACAGCGAUAUGAGUGAUGUGUCGGCCCUCUCCCGCGCCAGCAGUGCCUCCCGCCUCAGUAGCACCAGCUACAUGUCCAUCCAAUCAGAACGACCCGGGGGGCGACUCAGAUCCAAGUCAUUAGAGGAAGAGAAGAAGGACAGGAGGAUCUCGUGGGGGGUGAACGGAGAGGAGGAGAGGAGGAGGGCGGCAGGAAAGAGGCGCUUCUCUGAGGAGUUGAAGCGCAGGAGACACACUGUAACAGGAGACACGAGGGAGUCCAGUCGUCAGAUGCGGUCGAUGGGCCGCAGCAUGCUGAAGAGCUCCAGCGUCAGCGGGGAGAUCUACACCCAGGAGCGCACGGACGGCAGCCAAUCGGACACGGCGCUGGGCACGGUGGGUGGCGGCAGCAAGAAGAGGCGCUCCAGCCUCAGCGCACGAGUGGUGGCCAUCGUUGGCAACCGCGGCAGCCGCAGCACUUCGCAGAUCAGUGCCCCCGAGGGGAAAAGUAAGAAGGAGAAGGGUGUUCCCAUCCAGAGGAGCACGGAGACGGGCAUGGCAGUGGAGCUGACCAGGAACAUGAGCCGGCAGCCCAGCAGAGAGUCCAACAACGGCAGUGUGAACAGCAACUCUGAGGGGAAUCUUUUCCCAGGGGUGAAUCUGGGAGCCAGCAGUCAGUUCAGCGACUUCCUUGAUGGACUGGGACCAGCUCAGUUAGUGGGCAGACAGACACUGGCUACUCCUGCAAUAGGCGACAUCCAGAUCGGUAUGAUGGAGAAAAAGGGUCAGCUGGAGGUGGAGGUGAUCAGAGCACGAGGACUUGUACAAAAGCCAGGAUCCAAAUCUCUCCCUGCUCCAUAUGUCAAAGUCUACCUGCUGAAUAACGGAGCAUACGUAGCCAAAAAGAAAACCAAGAUUGCACGGAAAACACUUGACCCACUGUACCAGCAAGCACUGCUAUUUGAGGAAAGCCCGCAGGGUAAAGUCUUACAGGUGAUUGUAUGGGGAGACUACGGCCGCAUGGACCAUAAAAGCUUCAUGGGAGUUGCGCAGAUCCUACUAGAGGAACUGGACCUAUCAAGCACAGUCAUUGGUUGGUACAAGCUGUUCCCACCGUCCUCCUUGGUGGAUCCAACACUUGCCUCCUUAACGCGACGAGCUUCUCAGUCGUCUCUUGACAGCUCAUCCGGACCCGGAGUCCGAUCCUAGUGGACCAACAGCUCUGCACCACUCUGCGAGAAAACAAACUCGUGAAUUGUACUACAGAGAGAACUGAGACAUAGACAACAACAAUCAGAAAUGAUCACAACGAGAAAGCUUUGUUGGAAUCUGACAAUCACUCCUGCCGCGAUUACUUUUGUUGUUGUAGGGAGCGUCACAUUUCAGUGUUUCAUAUAUAGUCAAAGAAAAAUAGCAUAGUUUUUCUCUGUGUAUGCUGACGAAGCAGACCUGUCGUCAGGCAGCAGCUCCCCAGACGGCAGACGUGUCAGAGAAUCAAAACGAAGCAGGGUGGUUUUUAACUGAAUCAACAAUAUAAGCAAAGAAAUGUAUGUAAGCAUUGGAAUGUAUGGACUCAAGACAGAGGUAAUCACCCUCCACGCCUGCAGGUGGCACAGUCUUCUUUGCAGUGGCCUCCUCCAGAACCACAACAGACUGCCGGCACUCCUGUCCCCAGGCAGGGUGCUCCCAUGUGGGUAUUUAGUCUGGAAGCACAGGGCCUUCUUCUGGUGCCUAGACCUUGGAGCCGCAUCACUGGUCCCUCUCUGUCGGAAAAUCCUCUUUUCAAUAUGUUUACCAUGGCUGCUCUGAAGCCACACUGUUUUAGCGUGUUUGCUUUGUCGUUCAUUUCUUUCCCUUUGUUACUACUGGCACAAAAAUGUUUUUACAGUGCGUGAAGUGCUCAUGAUAAUGUUGUCGGUCUGGUGUGUGCAUGGAGAGAAAAAAAACAAAACACAACAGAUAAAAAAAAAAAAGGAUAAAAACUAUUAAAUGUCUGCAAGUGUAAUGCAGGGGGACUGGUUAUGAUGACACAGCUUAGAUUUUUACACUUGACAAUGAAAUUCCGUUGUUUUCCUCGUUCCACCGCUGACAAUAACAUCCAGGCCAGUCGUCUUUGUAUAGAUAUACAUUAGACCUCCCAGGAGGUUGACCAAUAAAUAAAAUUUAUGUCACUUUGAAAAAUCACACGGAAUAACCGUCACCUUAAAAAAAAAAAAGACUGAAAAAAGAAAAUCGUUGUUCACCUGCGUGAGAACAAAAUAGGACCAUGUCAUUUUCCACAUUUUUUGAGGAGCGCAUCUCCUCACCACAGCACGUUUAAGGUUUUUAUCCGACCCUUAGGUUAACUUUUAUUUUUUUAAAUUAACCACAAGCACAAGAGCUUGAUUUUUUACAACAAAAAGUUUAACUUUUUGAAGAAAAAAAAAACACGUAGUUACAAAAAAAAGCAAAAAAAAAAAGCAACAAUCUCUGGUUACGUUCAUUUCUUUGGAUAUUAGACGAACAGAAAAGACGAAUCACUGACAAGUUUCCCUCGUGCAUCUCUGUGAAUGUGAACGUAACCAAUCAGACUGAUCUGUCGGGACACCAACACCAAUGCUCAUCUUCCGUUUCGGCCUGCAGACUCCUCCCACCAGGAAAGGGGCGGGGCCAGCAUGACUUUGGAAGCUGUUCCAAGCUGCAUGCACAUUUUUGUAAAACGAAACAGAUACAGAAAAAAAGAUACUGAACUAGAUACGUGUGUUAGUUCCACAUACUGUAGGGCCGCUUGUAUGUUGCAUGCAGUUGUACAGUUUGCUCGUACUUGAAUAUUAAAGAGAUUAAACCAAGAAACCGAAGCCAUUCCCAUUACGCAAAGAACUCAAACAACAGUCUGUCCCACGUCCCUCAGUCCGGUGCUGAAUGUCCUCAAACUGAAUCCCAAGAUUACGUUGAUGUCUUUCCUCAACCCUCUGGAAGAUGAUGUACUGUACUGUACAGUAGUACUGAGCAGACCUCACAGCCCCUCUUACUGUUACUCCACAUCAUAGUAUACCUCCAAGGGGCUGAGGUGAUGUAUGAAUAAAUAUGUACAAAUCAGAUCUACUUAUAUGGAAAUAUGAAUUAUGUUUCAACAUAAUGAUUUCAGAUAUGCUAACACACGAGCUGAGAAGUUAUAAUAAGAAUAAAAGCAGAUGCACAGACAGUCAUACACUGUAAAUACUCAACAGCCAUUCACUGCGUUAUCAGUGGGUUGAGUGAUUAAUAUAAAAGGGGCCAAGUCAUACAGUGAGGAGUGAUAAAUGCUGUACGUCAUUAGGGGCCACGUAGUGGGAUGUCAGGGCGAUGGACACACGGUGUACCACUCCUGUAAGAGUCGUUGUCGUCCGAACACUUCUUUGUGCUUCAAACUCAACGUCUGAACCCGAGUCACGUUCAGCCCCAUUUCAGAAGACUUUUGUUCUUUUCAUUGUCCGGUGACGCUGGUUUUUCUUUCUUUUUUUUCUUUUUCUUUUCUUUCUUUUAUUUAUUUUUUUUGGUUUGGUCAGUAUUAACAGGAAAAAAAUUGCUGAUUGUUUACAACUUCUGUGUUCCACUGAAACAAGAAAAUUAGAAAAAAGUAAAGCAUUCACUGCAACAUUUCUUGUUUGUAUAACAGAUGUGGCUCAAAUGAUGUGUAUGUUUUAUAUAUAAAAAAGUUCAUUUUUAUUAUUUACAAAUAAAAAAAGAAUGUGUGGAAAAAUA